AUGGCGAAACGUGUCGUUGGAUUGUAUCCAGUGCUGACCACCGCACUCACAUUCCUGAUCUGCCUGCUCAUCGUCUUCAGCACGCCCUACUCCUCCUUCGGCGGUCUCUGGCUCUACAAGAUCUCAGUCGGCUCCCUCGGAAGCGCCCUGCCAACCCUCUCCCCCGCACCACCCUCCACCGUCGGUCUCCCGGACGAAUACUACGUCGGCCUAUGGACCUACUGCGCCGCCAGCCCGUCCGCGUCAAACACAUGCCCGUACCGCCCCUUCAUCCCGUUCUUCUUCUUUGACCUCGCCUCCACCAUCUUCUCCGAUCUCGGCGGCGCCCGCGGCAGCCAAAGCGCCCGCAUCUCGGACGUCCAGACGAAUAUCUUUCUGCCGUCAAGUAUCUACCCGUUCUCCUCGCAGACCCCGCUCUCGGCGUCGUCGAAUCUCGGGCCGCCAAAGAUCCUUGCGUUUGUCGCGUGUGCUGCGUAUCUCACCGCGCUCGUCUCCGCGUCAGCAGCGUUGCUGACCCUCAUUCGACGAUCUCCUUUUUCUUCCCGCAGCAGUAGCAACAGCAGCAGCAGCAGCAGCAGCAGCAGCAGCAGCACACGAUCCCCCCUCCGCCGCCUCAGCGCAACAUGCGCGCUCUCGCUCGUCGUGGGCGCGCUUGCUUCUACUUUACAGACCACACUCGUCCUCUUCGCGCUCGGCGACGACAUCCUCCUCGCGUCGAAUCCGGUACAAAUCAAUCUCGCCGCGUUCGUCUUUAUUCUCUACCCCGCCGCCCUCGUCGGGAUCUACUAUUUCCGCACCAUCAUCCUCAGCUUACAAGUUCUCGCGCCUCAUCUCCCUUCUUCCUAUAGCAGCAGCAGUAAGCUACGCAUCCCCCUUGUGAAAAUCCUGGGCUUAUCCUCCGCCGACGACUCAGACCCCGACCCCGACCCACCCCGCAAACACAGACCUCCCCACCUCUUCCUCCCCACCUCAGCCUCCCCAUCCUCCUCCUCCUCCGCGCUCCUACACACCGGCUCCGCGGGCUCGCGCUCGCCGUUGGGGGCAUCGACGCCCUCGCGCGCGAGGAGUAGUGCGAGUUUGUCGACGUUCAGUGCAGGAGGAGGGGGAGGGGAGAGCGGGUGGAGUAGUAGUGGUGAGGAAUUGGUGACUGGGAAGGCGCCUGUUAGUUGGGUGUAG